CAUGUCCUUGUGAGGGUGAAUCGAGGCAGCUCGACACACACUGCCGCAGACACGCACCGCAGCAGACACACACAGACAUGAAUCACCUCCUGAAAGUUCCGGUUCUGGCCGGCCGAGCCUUCAGCAGCUCCGCCCGGCAGCUGAGGAACCGAGUCCCCGAGGCUCAGAAGAUCUUCCAGGCGGACAACGGGCUCCCCGUUCACCUGAAGGGAGGAACCGGUGACGCUCUUCUCUACCGGGCGACCAUGACCCUCACCGUGGCAGGUAACCUAUCAGAACCCUUCUCUGAAUAA